AUGACCGACAUUUCUGAUGAUGUCCAUCGAAUGAUGGACGAAAGCUCAGCCCGUUUUCACCCGAAACGAGGGAUGAAGUCUCGUGAAUUGCGUCGACCUGAACGUCAUAUCAAAGCCAAACGGCUGCAGUACAAUGGGAUUCAUCCGUCCUCUUCUGAGAAGAUCGACCUACGAAUCUAUUCUUCGUGCACUUUCAUACGAAAUGAAAGUCCUCCCAACAAUGUUAUCUCAGGAGUUUCAACGAAACCCAGUUUCUCUUCGUAUAUCUUUAUCCUGCUCACACCCCUUCAUGAAUUACAGACAUAA